AUGCAGCCUCCCAUGGGCGACCCCACCCAGCACAGCAACAUGGCCGCGCUGAUGUGGCAGAUGCAGAUGGCCGGAGGGCUGGCCGGAGGAGGGGCCCAGAACCCCAUGAUGCCCCCGAUGCCGUGGCCCCCGGUCAUGCCGCCGCUCUCGCCCCUGCUGCACGUGCGCGUCGACGGCCUGACGUUCGAGUACCAACUCACCGAGGACGACGUGCGCAAGGUCUUCUCCCGGUACGGCGACGUCGUCCAGGUGCAUGUCGACGCCGAGGGGACCACGGCCCAAGUGCAGCUCGGGCAGCCGCACCAGGCGGUCGCCGCCAAGCACGACCUGGACAAGAAAGAUCUCGCGGGCAUGUCUGGGGCCUUCCUGCGUGUUGACUUCGUGGGCCAGGGCCCUUACGAUUCCAUGCUCAACCAGAUGGCAAACCCCUACGGCAUGCCGGCGAUACCGCCCAUGCCUGGGAUGGGCGGCACCAUGCCCGGCUUCUCCGGAAUGCCCCCGAUGCAGGCUGGGGCCUCGCCAGCCAGCGCCGCCGGGCGCCCGAAGAAGUACACGUGCAAGCUCGAGGUGGGCAUCGAGAAUGAGGGAGAGUUCCGGGUCGGCAGCCGCGUCAUCCAGAUCGCACGCGCCAUUUGGCAGGAAGCCAGGUUUCAGGAACACGGCGGGAAGACGCGACUGAGGGGAAAGGGCAUCGGCGGGCAGCACGAGGCCGAUGAGCCGUUGGCUCUGUGCAUCUCGUGCUGCGACCAGACCGCCUUCGACAAGGCAGUCCAAUACGCCGAGGCCCAGCUCCAGAAGGUCCACAACGACUACAGGUCCCACUGCGCGGAGAAGGGGCGGCCCGUUCCCGAGCUGUCUGUGAAGGUCUCCAAGAGGGGCUCCACGUUCUUCAACGGCGGCGGUGGCGGCGGCCAGACUGCCCCCUCGCUGGAGUCCAGCGCGGACAUCGCGCGCGGCGAGAGGCCUCCAGGGGCGCCGACCGACGAGGAGAUCGAGCGCCUGAUCGAGGAGCGCAACGAGGCUCGGAAGGUGGCGAACUUCAAGAAGGCCGACGAGGUGAGGGCGACGCUGAAGAACCUGGGCGUCGUCCUCAUGGACGAGAAGGGAGCCAAGGGUAACUUCAACGGUAACGAGGUCACCAAGUGGCGCUUCUGGAAGCCAUGA